AUGGUUACCAUGGGCCCACCCCAGGGCGUGCGUCCUGGUGACGUUUUGGAAGUUCUUCACGAUUUUGGUGGUCGCGGCGACGAUGAACUUCGUAUGAUGCCGCGUGAUAAGAUCGAAUUGGUCGAACUGGACGACGAAUUCGGCGAUGCCUGGUACCUCGGCAAAAACUUGAGAACUGGCCAAACCGGUCUCUUCCCAGCAAACUUCACCAAAGCGCUUCCCCGAAAGACUCUCGCCGAGUCGCCCGUCCUCCUGGAAUCGCCCGUACAGUUGGAACCCGACGCGCCCGAUUCCUCUUUCGCGCAAAUUGGCAGCGGACAGAGUACCCCGCAGGCAUCGCGCCACGUCAGUUCCGCCGACCUCCAUUCGCCUCAGGUCGGCUCGCCAUCCCAGCAGCGAUCCGCCUCGUCCCCGCUGCCCCGGCCCAGCUUGGCGGCCGAUAUUCAGCAGGCCUUCCGCAGCCCCAUGGACAAUCACUUGAACGGUGAAGAAAGUCCGGUUAUGAAUGAAACGCUCAGCGUCAUUGACGAACAUAUCACGGGGAUGAACACUCCGCGCCACAGUGUGACGACCCAAGAACCGAAAACCAUGAACGAUUCCGCUAGCGAAUAUAGCAGCCACAUGGACCACCGGGCCUCGUAUAUCAAUGGACAUGAGACGGAUGAUGAAGAGAAGGCAUAUCCCACGGAGCAGCAGGUGCGCGGCUGGAACCAGUCGGAAACUUCCAGGUGCCUGCGCGGGCUCGAUAUCGAUGCAAAGCAUUGCGACAUCUUUGAAGAGCAAGAGAUUACCGGUGAUGUACUUCUUGACAUGGACCAAGAUUUCAUCUUCAUGAAAGAAUUCGACUUUGGUGUCAUGGGCAAACGACUCAAAACAUGGCACAAGAUCAAAGCCUUUCAGGAAGACAUCAAGGGCAGCAAUCAAGAAACAGCCCGAGGGUCGAUUUCCAGUCUCUCAGGGCCUUCCGAGGAGCGCACGCUGUCUCGCGCAGGCCACACUGGCCCGCUACUUCCCCGUAUUCCCACACUGUCGGAGAAGAAUGGCGCAACAUACCCGCGGGCCUCUGCGCCCGCGCAGCACCCGCGUUUGGCAAGCAACAACAGCUCCCCCAUGGCCCCUCACACGCCUCCCUUCAGCCAUGAUUCGCCGAGGCGAAUCUCAGCAGCGUCGAUCCGUGAUCUCAACCACGGGCGCCGUCACUCGUCCAUUGAUGCCACUCAACGGGGAUUGCCCGAGCUGGGUUCCCAUCAGAAGAAGCCUUCCUUCGACCGCUCCUGGACUUUGAACUCUGGCCCGCACACCUUGCCAGCUCGCCCAGGAACGUCACUGGGGAAUAGUUACGCUUCCCGGGGACCAGUGCCGGUUGGGUCUGACUAUUUCAAUAAGUCGCCCGUCACUACCCCUGACCAAGCCGAUGACCUAGAUCGGGGUUACUUCUCGGGCACCGAGGUUGACUCUCGCCGCACCCGCCGGGUUCUGCAAAAGCGCAGCUCCACCGGUGGAAGCAUGAACCAUUCUCGCAAGUCGAGUCAUGCGGAGGAUCCAUACAGUCUCAUCUCUCCUGCCAAGCGCCACUCUCGUGUCAGCAGUGUGGAUUCAAUCCGUGAAGCCGCAAAGCAUGUGUCUCCUGCUGCCCAGGCCUACCAUGGCACCCCGCCGAAGAGCCGGAUGCGCAGCCUAAGCACCCGCGUCUCGGAUCGAGGAAACAACUCCCAGUCCUCGAAUACCGAGAGCAAGGGCAGUGGCUUCUUCUCCAGCUUCCCUCGAGUCGGUAAGAGUGACUCGGAUAACUCCUCUCGCCCUUCGCCGACGCCAUUCCAGCCGCUGAAGAAUGCUGGUCCCAAGUUCCGCCGAGCCAUGGGUCUUCGUGCCAUCUCCGACGUUGUCGGAAAGAAACUCGAUACCUCGGCGCCUGUUUCGCCAAAGGAAUUCGACCCCUCAUCUGCUCGUACUGGGUCCACUACUCCAUCCACAUCGAAGAGCUCGGAGCGACACAGCACAGAUGGGUCUGGCAAGGCCGUUGAUGGUCAGGCAUUUGUUGUCCGCCCUCGCACGGUCAAGUCGAAGAAAGAGACCAGUGCUUAUACCCGCGGUCUCGAGAAAAAAUCACCCCAAGAGCAGAUCGACGGCUGUGACUAUAGUGGAUGGAUGAAAAAGAGAUCCUCCAACUUGAUGACGACUUGGAAGCCCCGCCUGUUCGUUCUGCGUGGCCGUCGUCUGUCAUAUUACUAUUCCGAAGACGACACCGAAGAAAGAGGGCUGAUCGAUAUCACCGCCCACCGUGUCCUUCGAGCGGAUCAAGAUCCCAUCAUUGCCCUCCACGCCACCAUCACCGGUUCAACUGCCCUACCAGCCAAUGCCAAUAAUACCGUGGACAGUACCAAUGGCACAAAGCUCACCACACCAUCGGUCAUACAAUCUCUCACCAACAAAGAUGGCAGUGGGCCAUUCUUCUUCAAACUAGUUCCCCCAAAGAUGGGCAACUCGCGCACCGUCCAAUUCACCAAACCCGCCACCCACUACUUCCAAGUGGACAAUGUUCAGCAAGGCCGCUUGUGGAUGGCUGCCUUGAUGAAAGCGACCAUUGAGCGCGAUAUGGGUCAGGCCGUUGAGAUGACCAACAAGCAAAAGACCAUCAGUCUGAAACAAGCUCGCUUGAUGAACCAGCGACCACCUGAGCUGAUGCCCGCUUCCGGGAGCACCAAGACUGAGCAAACGAUAGAUGAAGAGGAAGAGGAAGCCGCUCUUCAAAUCGACGGCUUGAACCUCUCCAAUGUUCAUUCCGCGGAAGCCAACUCCAUCAACGGCCCCAAAGAGAGCCUGGAUAACGGCUCUCACGCCUCGCGUGUUUCGCAUGUCUCCACUGGCUCCAAUUCUCCUUACCGACCUACGUCGAAUUCCAACGGAGAUCUCCACUCAGUCUUGCUCCCUGAUCCUUUGGCCAACAUGGACUCAAAGUGA